UAAUUCACACAUUUAGGUUGGGUUACUGCUUCUUUCCCAAGCGCAUGAGGUUUCGAGUGCCUGCUAGAUUUUUUUUCGCAUUUGAAAAGGUCUAACAUUCAACUAUCAAAAUGGGUAGAGUGCGCACAAAGACUGUAAAGAAGGCUGCUCGAGUCAUCAUCGAGAAAUACUAUACCAAGUUGACCUUGGACUUCCACACCAAUAAAAGGGUCUGCGAUGAAAUCGCCAUCAUCCCCUCUAAGCCAUUGAAAAAUAAGAUUGCUGGCUUCGUCACUCAUUUGAUGAAGAGAUUGAGACAUUCACAGGUCAGAGGAAUCUCAAUCAAACUGCAAGAAGAAGAGAGAGAAAGGAGAGAUAACUAUGUUCCAGAAAUCUCUGCCCUCGAUAAUGACAUCAUCGAGGUUGAUAAUGAAACUAAGGAAAUGAUGAAGAUGCUAGACUUCAACAAUAUUCCUGGUUUGCAAGUAACGCAACCAGCUGCACAUGCCUACAGACGCAACAACAACUAAAUAUCAUAUAGAUAUUCAUGCUGUCAAAAUGUAACUUUUUUUAUAUAAUUAUAAAUGAUUAUAAUUAUAAAAAACUUUGUUUAAAUUUUAUAUAAUAAAA